AUGAGCGGAAGAGGCAAAACCGGCGGUAAAACUAGGGCUAAGGCCAAGACUCAUUCAUCCAGGGCCGGACUGCAGUUCCCCGUGGGUCGUGUACACAGGCUUCUGCGUAAAGGUAAUUAUGCCCAGCGCGUCGGUGCCCGCGCUCCGGUUUACUUGGCCGCCGUGCUCGAGUAUCUGACUGCUGAGAUCCUCGAGUUGGCCGGUAAUGCCGCCCGUGACAACAAGAAGACCCGUAUCAUUCCCCAUCACCUGCAGCUCGCUGUGCGUAAUGACGAGGAGCUGAACAAACUGCGCGGAGGAGUGACCAUCGCUCAGGGAGGUGUACUGCCCAACAUUCAGGCCGUGCUGCUGCCCAAGAAGACCGAGAAAGCCGUCAAGACCAAGUAAACUCGCUCAGCGCUGCGUUUCUCACCACACAAAAAGGCUCUUUUAAGAGCCACC